AUAAUAACACUCACCAAAAGUACACUGGAUACUCACAAGCGCAGCUCCGACAGAGAACACAGUGAAUCCAGCACAAAAAAGCACAAAGAACAGGCUGACACUACUGUGCUUGACCGAGGAGAGCACANGAAAUCAUAUCCUGUUAUAACGCCAGCACCUGGCUUGCCCCCUUUUACUUGUUUAUUACCACAGGUGCACAGACGAAUGGAGAAUCUGCAUGCUUUGAUUGAAUCAUUCAGUCGUGUACGUGACAUCGAGAAAGCUCUACUCAUCUUCUCUGUGGACUUCAUUUCUGAUGAUGUCAUCACUCUAGUUCGGUCCAUUUCCUAUUCUCGGACUGUCCUUAUCUUUUUUCCUCACAACACCCAAAUAUUCCCGGAUUUAUUUCCCGGCCGUGAUCCGUACAACUGUGGAGCAAAUGCGACGAUACAGCAGUAA